GUCGACCCACAAACUUCCAAACAAAGAGAAUUAAUGGGAAGUGAGAUUUGCAGCAUCCAUUCUCUCCUCCUUCUCGUCUCUUCUGCACUUUCCCAAUAUUCUCUGCUUUUCUCUCAUAUUUAUAUACAUAAAAUUCCCUCCCUCAUGCCUCCCUCUUCCUCUCACCUCCGCCUCACAUGAACCAAAUGGUCCCUCUACCUCCGCCUCCUCCGCCGCCUCCUCCGCCCUUCCCUUUUCCUCUCAUGAAUCAUUUUCAACCUUUCCAUAACAAUUCUAACAAUAAUUCUCUUGAUCAUCAUCAUCAUCAUCAUCUCUUCCCUCUUCAACACCAUCCCACAACAACUAACCAAACCCCUUCCGCUCCCAAAGAUCGACCUCUUCACGACACCCCCGACGAGGGAUGGCUUCGCCUUAGCAUCGGAGCUGCCACUCCUGAUGUUGUCGUCCACCAUCAUCGUCCCCAACCGCCAGGCUUCCGCUUUGGAUUGACCGAGCUCGAUUUAUUGUCCCCCGGAGGCCUCAGUUCCAAAGGACAUGAGUCAUCCAGCGUUGGGGAUUCUUCUCCCGGGAUGGUUUUGGCUCAGCCGCCACCCGAGCUUAAUUGGACAUUUAGACCUAUCUCCUCUCAUAACCCUUCAUCCUCUAAUUGUUCUUCCUCUUCUCUUCCAUACGGACCUUACUUUUCCACGCCCUUUCAACUCCACCCCGGACUUGACUUAGUUGCUGCUGCCACCACCGCCGCCGCCGCUGCCGGACCCAGCUCCGACAACAACAUCAGGGUUGUCGACCCUCCUCGCAGCCCUCAUUCCGGGAUUUGGUUUUCUCUUCAACCUUGGGAAUCAAACCAAGGGAAACAACCGGCGUUGCCUCAGAGAUCCAGCUACUUGCGAAUCAAGGAUGGAAGGAUGACAGUUCGAUUACUAAUCAAGUACUUGGUGAAAAAGCUGAGGCUGGAUAACGAAUCAGAGAUAGAGAUACGAUGCAGAGGAGAGAAGGUGGAGGGUUGCUUGACGAUGCAGCAUGUUAGAGAUACCAUUUGGUGCUCCAAAGACUCAACGCUUACAACUUUGCUUCCAAAUUCCUCAACCAUUGAUCACAUUAUGGUUCUUCACUACGCCAUUCUUCCCACUCUUGACUCUUCUUCUCUUUCUUAAUUUAUUCUAAUAAUCCCAUUAUUACCAUCUUAGUAUAUCAUUAUUAUUAUUUCUCUAAUCCAAAUCUUCCU